AUGGCGACCACUACCGACGUGGUUCAGGAUCCUCCUGCCCUUGAUACUCCCGCUUACGACUCGGGCUACCAGGAUCAGGACUCCGAGUUCAGCUCCGACGAUGAACAAAGUUUCCACGUGGAUGAGCGCAAGGGAAGAUCAUGGCCUAGCAAGCUGGUUCAAACUUUUAUAAAGCCUGUUAAACCAAAGUUGGUCGAGGUUGGGCAGGUUUCUUCUGCUGAUCCCACGAGAUGCAAACCUUCGAGGGGAGCGCGUAAGAGAUGCGACGUGGAGGAGAAUCUUGUCGAGGGGGUUUGGACCUAUGAGUUGAAGCCAAAGUCAUCAGAGGAUCGGCCAGCGAAGGGUUAUGUGAGGAGGAUAUUAUACUUUGCUGGUGGAGGGUGGCAGGCACCUCCUACAGGCCAGCAUUGGACGUUUUGCGCUGAGAUUGUUCAUCAACUGCAGGAUACCAGACUGACCAUCGUCAGUUACCCCCUUGCACCGAAAGACCCAGUACAGGCCAGCUUCCCAGCAAUUAUCCACACAUACAAUGCUUUGAUGCGGGAGUCAACAGAGCUCGGCGAACGAGUUAUCGUUGCUGGAGACAGCUCUGGUGGCAACAUCUCCCUCGCUCUCGUACUAUGGACAUUGAGAGACCAAGACGUACAAGCCAUCAAGCCACCGGCCGCGAUUUUGGCCAUCACUCCCACAACAGAUUUGAGUCACGAUAACCCCGAUAUCGACCAAGUAGACGGAGUAGACCCCAUCUUGACCAAAUCCGCCAUCAAGGAUACAGCCAGCAAAUGGGCCCCCGGUCCCUCCAGCGUCGCCCAGCAGGAUACCACCGACAGUCCAAAGCCGAUGAGUAACCCAGGAGAGCGUCUAGACUGGAGCGUCAAAGACCCGCGCGUGUCACCCAUCCACGCCGAUUUGACCCCGUGCAUUAAGAACAACGUCAAGAUUCAUGGCAUCACCGCGUCUCACGACGUUCUCGGUCCUGAGGCUGUCGAGUUUAGAGAGAAGUGCAGAAAGGAAGGUGUUGAUGGCGAGUGGUUGUCUUGGAGUAACCAGAUGCAUUGUUUCCCCUUGGCGUACAAGUAUGGAUUGAAGGAGAGUAAGGAAGGACUGGAGUGGAUUAUUGAGGUGCUUAAAAAGUGUUGA